AUGGUACGAUAUGCUGCGCUUAAAGGUUUGUACGAUUUGGAAAAGACUGUUGGAAGCGGAGGUUUCGCUAAGGUAAAACUCGCCACACAUAUUGCAACCGGCGAAAAAGUUGCUAUCAAAAUAAUGGACAAAACAGCACUGGGCGAUGAUUUACCAAGAGUUAAACUAGAAGUCGAAGCGUUAAAAACUUUAUUGCAUCAACAUAUUUGUCGAUUAUAUCAAGUAAUAGAAACAGAGAGCCAUUAUUUUAUGGUAAUAGAAUACUGUUCAGGCGGUGAAUUAUUCGAUCAUAUUGUUGAAAAAAAUAGACUUUCUGAAACAGAAUCACGAAAAUUUUUUCGUCAAAUCGUCUCUGCAGUAGCUUAUUUACACAGCUUAGGAUAUGCUCAUCGCGAUUUAAAACCAGAGAAUGUUUUGCUAGAUAGAGAAGAAAAUUUAAAACUCAUAGAUUUUGGAUUAUGUGCAAAACCAAAAAAUGGCAUAGAAUCACAUUUACAAACAUCAUGUGGUUCUCCAACAUAUGCUGCACCAGAACUUAUAUUAGGAAGGAAAUAUUUAGGUUCUGAAGUAGAUAUUUGGAGUAUGGGAGUCCUUCUUUAUGCAUUACUUUGUGGUUUUCUCCCCUUUGAUGAUAACAGUAUAGAGAGUUUAUAUAGAAAGAUUCUUAGUGGCAAAUAUGAUGAACCAAGCUGGUUGUCAGCUAGUAGUAGAAGACUCAUACGAGCAAUGCUACAGAUAGAUCCAAAAAAAAGAAUUACUAUUCAAGAACUGUGCAAUCACCCAUGGAUUACAGCAGGAUUUCUUAAUCCUGUUUCAUUUGUUCAUAAGACAAAUUUUGAAAAGGAUGAUGAUGUAUUAAGUACUAUGUCUGCAAUAUGUGGUGAACAUGCUUCAGAUAUAUGGAAAAAAUUAGUAAAAAGUGACAGAACUGAUUAUAAAACUGCCACAUAUCUUUUACUUUUAGACAGGAAGCUUCGUGGACUUUCACUUCGAAUAUCAUCUUCUGCAAAAUCACAUUUUAGACCUGAGAGUGAAAGAGGAGUUAAUAAUAUUAUAACUAAACUUGAUUGUUCUCCAAGAAGUAAAUCUAUUAAAUCACCAGUAUUAGAAGCAACUUAUAAGGUUUUGCCAAAGACACCUGAAACCACUAACCAUUUUAUGGAGCCACAUUUACCUGGUAGAAAACGACUUAGAAGUAAAGGGGAUGAUACAUGUUCUCCUGUUCCUACAAAGAGAAUUGCAGAAAAAGAUAGGCUUGCUUCUACUCCAACUAAUACUCCAGUAGCGGACUCGAGGGGGUCACAGUCAUCUACACCGGGAAGUGCAAGAAAAGUAAUGAUGGGCUUGGAACGUGGUUUGAAUCGUGUGCGUUACGUGCUUACGCCAAAAAGGCGUAUGAAGAACGAAAAUGUCGAUCCUGAUCAACCCAAUAUACUUUCCGGAAAAGGUCUUUGUAAUGUAUCUUCGACAUCUAGCGACGAUCCAAAAUAUGUUCUCUCACAAUUACGUCGUGCACUUCGUCGUAAAGGAAUUAUGUGCCAUCAGAAAGGGUUUAUUCUACAAGGAGAAACGGAGGAUUAUAUAGAAGACGACAAAGAAACAGUACGGCCAUUUUCUUCCAGGAAUGCUUGCUCUUUCGAGUUAGAAGUUUGCUUAUUAGAGGGUGUUUCAAACGACAAAUUAGUCGGUAUCCGAAGGAAACGAUUAAAGGGUAAUGCGUGGGUUUACAAACGUGUAUGUGAAGAAGUUCUCGCUCUGGCAGCUGAGGAUCUUUCCGCAGAACCGGAAGGUUCGACAGAAUCAAAGUGUCCUAUUUAA